UUUCCGGCCAUCACUAUUUGCCCGUAUGCGAAAUCACGCGCCGAUGUUUUCAAUUUAACGCAUGCGCUUGAACUGUUGAAGAACGAUUCGGUACUGUCCGAAGACAGUUUUGUGCCAUGCCGCACUUUACUAGCCGAUUCACUCGUCAAUGAUGGCUUCUGCCAUACCUUCAACGCAUUGGCUGCAAAUGAAACCUACCGAGUCGAGAACAUUUCGCCAGACUUUCUUAAUCUCUACAGUCCUGCACGCUCAUCCGACUGGACGCCAGAGAGAGGUUAUCGUCGCCAUGCUGGAUUGAAAUCAUAUCCACAUCGUCCGCUGACUGCGGGAUUUAUGUCAGGAAUGAUGAUCGGGCUUGGGGUGAGAAAAUCGGAUCAGGAAGCUGCCUGCCAGGGACCUUACACCGGAUACAAAUUUGCCGUUCACGCCCCGAAUGAGUUUCCAUUGACUGAGGAUCAGUUCUACCCUCUGAACACCAAAAACGCUGUUGUGUUAAGUCUACGGCCCAAAGUUUUCUGGACCUCGCCACAUUUAAAAGCCAUUUCGUCGAAAAAGCGACAAUGUUUCUUCAGCAACGAGCGAUAUCUGCAUUACUUCCGAGCAUACAAUGUGGGGAACUGUAUUGCUGAAUGCGCCUCCAACUUCACCUACAAGGUGUGCGGUUGUGUAAGAUUCUCGCUUCCAAGAUCCCCCGAUAUGAAAGUAUGUGACAGCAGUCAGAUUCUUUGCUAUCGGAAGGCUUUCAUGACUCUCUUCAAAUCGUAUAUUGAAAAUGCUAUCAGUAACAGACCACAAAAAUAUUGCACCUGUUACCCGUCCUGCAAUAAGAUCGAUUACACCGUGGAGAUCUCUCAGCUUCCGUUUCACUUCGAAAAAGUCAUUGCUGUUACUAGCUUCCCAACUGAGCUAUACACCAGUGUGGAUGUGGCAGUGCUAUUUGUUUCCUUCAAGGAUCGCCAUUUAAUUCCGGUGUGGAAGCGUGAGCUGAUGGGCGUCACUGAUGCGAUUGCCAAAGUCGGUGGACUCUUUGCUUUGCUAAUGGGGGCCAGUGUUCUGAGCGUGGGAGAGAUUUUAUACUACUGUUGCAUACGGCCCCUGCGAAGAGUGCACCAACCGAGACCGGCGGACAACGACCGUCAAGUUCGUCUGAUUUUGCCAUGGGAACCCCCACACAGACAGAUCUAUGUCCCGCAACGGUGGAUGCAAAUUUGA